AUGCUUCCAUGUUGGGAUGAACCAGCAUUAAAAGCCACCUUUGAUAUCUCCGUAAAACACAGUCAGAAGUAUGGUGUAUUAUCGAAUAUGCCAAUACGAGAACAAUUUUUGGAACAAGAUGGCAUGUUGCGGACAAACUUCCACACCACACCUUUAAUGUCUACUUAUAUCGUAGCGAUUGCGAUGUCUGAAUUUGUCCGCGUUCCUAACGCAAACGAAACCAUCAAUAUGUGGUGCAAAUCGUCUUUGACUUCGAAAGUAACGUUCUCACAUAGUGUCGCUGAAAAGGUCGUGGAGUUCUUGAUUGAAUAUACCAAUAGUUCCCAGAAAGUACCGAAAAUGGACCACAUAUUGAUACCUAAUUUUGUGGUUGGUGGUAUGGAAAAUUGGGGACUUAUCACUUAUCGAGAAUCAGGAAUUAUCUACGAUAACAGCGAUCCAAUAUAUCAGAAAACAGAAGCAGCGUUGGUAGUAGCACAUGAACUUGCACAUCAAUGGUUUGGCAAUUUAGUCACUCCAUCUUGGUGGCCUUAUCUUUGGCUAAGCGAGGGAUUUGCUUCAUUUUUCGAAUCAUACACAAUCGACAAGAUUUUCAAAGAUUGGCGGAGAAUGGAUCUAUUUGUAAUUCAGACCAUGCAACAAUGCUUUCUCAAAGAUACAGGUUUAUUGAAUUCUGUCACAUUGAAGAUUGGCAACACUCUUGAUGAAAAAUCGCUGUUUUCUACUGAAGUUUAUAAAAAAGCGCCAGUUUUAUUGCGCAUGUUACAUAAUACAAUUACCGCUGAAGUAUUUCGAAAGGGUCUCAUUACGUAUUUGGCCACGCAUCAAUUUAGCACAGCUACACCAGAUGAUUUAUGGAGCGCCAUGCAAAGUGCUCUGGAUGAAUCUGAUGUCCCACACGAAGGUUAUAGAAUAAAAGAAGUGAUGGAUACUUGGAUGAACCAAGAGCGUUAUCCCUUUGUACACGUAGAGCGAAAUUAUGAAACUGGCGAAGUGACAAUAUCACAAUCAUGUGUCCGGCAACAUGGUGAGACAGAGAUGAAAACUACUAAAUGGUGGAUUCCUAUAACUUUCGCUACGCAGUCCAAUUUGGAUUUUUCCAAUACUGUACCUCGUUAUUGGUUACGACCAGAUCAACAUAAUAUAAGCUUUAUAAUUAAUCCAAAUGAUUGGAUUAUUGUCAAUUUACAACUAACUGGAUACUAUCGUGUUAGUUACGAUACCACGAAUUGGUAUAUACGCUUCGAACAACUUUUCGAUAGGCUUUUUCGAUAUGUAGGAUAUGUAGAAGAUCCUAAUGAUGACCACAUUACAAAAUUGACAAGGCUGUACGCUUUACAAAUGGCAUGUUUUUUUGGUCAUGAGGAAUGUAAGAAAAUGAGCGCACUUAAAUUAAGUGAAUAUCUUGCUAACCAUGAAAUUCACAAAAUUCCAUCAUUUAUGUAUUGUACUGGUAUGAUGACAGCCAGUAGAACUACUUGGGAUAAAAUGUUGGAAUUAUAUCUAAACAAAGAAAUACAUUUAAAAGAACAAGAUUAUGAUAAAAGAUUAUUGUGGGGUUUGAGUUGCGCUGAAAAUCCUAAUAUCGUUAAAGAUUAUUUAAAUAUGGCAGCAAGGAACACUUCAUUAUUUCCCAAUACAGAUCAUUCAUUCAUUUUCAAUUUUAUUAUUAGGAAACCACUUACUAUACCUGCAGUGUUAAAACUUAUUCUUCAGAAUGUUUAUGUAAACGAACAAGUUGAUAAGAUACAAACAUUCUCAACUAAUUUCAAUCUACCUUCAAAUACUUCAUCUAUAGUUCAAAAACUAAUAGAACAACGUAAGGAAUUACUUAAGAAGGCCACAGACGAUGCCAUAAAGCAAUUUUAUUACACAACUCAGUAG